AUGUCUUUCUCUCAAAUUCGUCAGAACUUUCACGAUGUAGCCGAAGCUGGCAUCAAUAAGCAGAUCAAUUUGGAAAUGUACGCCAGCUAUGUCUACCUUUCCAUGGCAGCUUAUUUCGAGAGAGAUGAUGUAGCUCUGAAGGGGUUUGCCAAGUUCUUCAAGGAGUUCUCACAUGAAGAAAGGGAAUGUGCAGAGAAGCUGAUUCACUAUCAGAACAUGCGAGGUGGGCGAGUUGUUCUCAACCCAAUCGACAAGCCCAGCAAGGACGAAUGGGGAAGUGGAAUGGACGCCAUGACAGCUGCCCUUGAACUGGAAAAGACUGUGAAUCAGGCAUUGUUGGACUUGCAUGGUUUGGCUGCAAGGCAUGGAGAUGCCCAGAUGACUGACUACCUUGAAGGUGAGUUCUUGAAAGAGCAAGUGAAGUCAAUCAAGAAGAUUGGAGAUCAUAUGGCCAAUCUGAAGCGUGUUGGUACAGGGCUGGGUGAAUUUGAGUUUGAUAAGCACCUGGAAGAGGGAAGCUCCUAA